AUGACAACAAUUCAUCCUACAAAGAAUCUUUCAUAUAGCACAUUAAAAGUUCGUAAUAAAUCACGUUCAACAUCUUUACCAACUUUCCCUUCUCCGUUAACACCACCACUACCAUCAGAAUUACCAUCCGACCCAAAAAGAUGGUCUUCAUCACAUGUAGCCGCUUAUCUGACUUAUUGUUUACGUCUUCAUCCUCCAGCAAUUAUAUCAGAUUUAGCCAGGUUUGUAGAAGAGGAUACUACACUUACUGGACGUAAAUUCUUAAGGCUAAAAGAAGAACAAUUAAGACAAAUGCAUUUUAAUGAAAGAUGGAUCAAAUUAAUUAUGAUUGGUAUUAAAGAGCUAAGAAGAGAACAUUUAAAAGGCAAAAUUCUUUUAAAUGGUAGUGAAACUAUAAGUGAAGAAACUGAUGAAAUGGAAAUUAAAGAGUCUGGUGAAGAAAGUCAUGAUGAACGUCCUUUGGAAAGGAAUUCUUCUAUUUCUACUACAGAUACUUUAGUUGGUUCGUUUUCGAAUAAUGAUUUUAAAGAUUUUUUUGUUCCUACUUCGUUUUCUAAUUUAUCUCUAGAUGAUAAAGAAUUUAUUUGUCAUGAAUUUACGAAAUUAAAAGAAUUUCUAAAAUCGGAUAUUGAAAAUAUUAAUAAUAUAGAUUUUAAUGAAUUAAAUCAACUCAUUGAAAAAGCUAUAUCAAAUAUCGAAAUGAAUCAAAAAGAUAUUAAAAAAACUUCAAUAACAAAAGGUUCAUUACUUUCGUUUAAGUGGCUUGAUGAUGAUAGGAUAAAGAAUUCGUACUUUGGAAGUAAUUUUGUUCGAGGGUUUAUGAUUGGUGGUGCUGCAGUUUGGGCAUAUAUGAAGUUUUCUAAAUGA